UUCAUUUUCACCAACCUUUCCAUGCCACGCGACCUUAUUUCUCCCACCCUCUCUUCCAAAUGUGAUUGUGUGAAUUCUAGCUUCAACACUUCCCUUUUAUCUCAGCCUAUUCCUGCACCAUCUCUGACUCUCUCUCUCGGACAGUCACACUCAAUUUCGCAAUGGCUUCAGGCACCAACGAGAUAGCCCAUGAUUUCCCGCCGUUCUUCAAAGCAUACAAAGAUGGCCGCAUAGAGAGGUACAUGUCUCACGAUCACACCCCUACUGGCCUAGACCCCAACACCGGCAUUCAAUCUAAAGACGUGGUGAUCUCGCCCAAAACCGGUGUGUCGGCCCGAAUCUUCAUCCCCAAAAUCAACAGCCCAGAUCAAAAGUUUCCGCUACUCGUCCACUACCACGGCGGAGGCUUCUGCAUUGGAUCACCCUUCGAUACGAUUACUCACAAAUUCAUCACGUCCUUCAUACUCCAAGCCAACGUGAUAGUUGUUUCCGUCGACUACAGGCUAGCCCCAGAGCACCCACUACCAAUCGCAUACGAUGACUCGUGGGAAGCGCUGCAGUGGAUCGCUGCUCAUUCAAACAAUCAAGGACCCGAACCGUGGCUGAACGAAUAUGCGGAUCUCGGGCGGGUUUUCUUGACGGGUGAGAGUGCAGGAGCCAACAUCGGCCACUACGUGGCAGUCCGAGCUGGUGCCACCGGAUUGGCAGGUCUGAAGAUCAUCGGGGUGCUCAUAGUGCACCCGUUCUUUGUAGGCAAAGAUCGUGAUGAAAUGUACAAGUUUCUGUCCUCCACAAGUUCGGGGUGUAGUGACGACCCGAAACUGAACCCGGCCGUGGAUCCAGAUCUGUCAAAGAUGGGGUGCGCCAAGGUCCUGGUGUGCGUGGCAGAGAAAGACUGGCUGAAAGAUAGGGGCGUGACCUACUGGGAGACUUUAAGAAAGAGUGAUUGGGGUGGAGGUGUGGAAUUGAUAGAAAGUAAAGGAGAGGAUCAUUGCUUUCACUUGUUCAAUGCUGAGAGUGAAGAAGCUGCGCAAUUGAUGAAAAAGUUCGUUGAUUUUGUUUCAGGGGAGUAGUUGUAGUGGUAGGGCGUUGGGGAAGGAGAUGAAAAAUCUAAGUAAAGAAUAAAAGUUUUUUUCUUCUACAUGCUAUCUGCUCAUGUUAUGGCACCAUCAUGUCAAUAGAGAAAGUUGUAGACAUAUUUGGCUGAAAGAAAAUUUGAAGAUGUUUUAAGGGAUUUUUUUGA